ACUUUUAUUUAAUAUAAGUUGUGAAAGAGAAGGUUUUCUGCAACUGUAUUGCAGGUUUUCUGCAAUACAGGCUUUAAACAUAUGGAAUUGUUCCGCUACCUGAUCCUCAAUUAAUAAUGGGUUUAGCCGGCCGGUCAACAGUAUGACGGCUUUCAUGUGAGCUAGUAAACCAUCAACCAUAGCUUUGAUAAGCGUUAAAUAUUCUGGUUGCAUAGCGAGCCUCGGUUGAGGAGGCGAUAACGGUGGAAACCCCUACACGAGAACAAACGAACAAACAUCAUAGUCUUUGAUAACAGAGUUCAGUAUACAGUCGACGUUUCGCUCUUGUUUUAGGUGGUUAAAAUAGCAGCGCAUAAAUAAGUCAACAGAAGUGUGUAAGACAAUAAUUAUGGUGGAGUAUAAUUAGCGUUAACUUGUUGACAGAAGAUGCCAUUAUGAUAAUGAUGUGCAGGUGAAUGCACUUUCCUGUCAUUGGACUGAACGCUGUAGAUAUGAAGCAGCAAACCUGACCUCGAGUGAUGAAACAACCCAUCGAUUCAAGAUGGGGAGGAGGGAUUCUAAAUCAAUAUCUAGCAGCAAUCUCAGGAUCAAUGUGCUACACGAUCAUGGGAUCCGCUACGGCUGGCCCUCUCCAACUCUCCUCAAGAUGGUCAGAGGCGAGGCUCCCCUCGUCCUCACUAUCACUCAGACUUCUUGGAUGGUGUCUCUGAUGCUCUUGGGGCACUUCGUAAGCCCCUUACCCACAGGAUUCCUCAUGGAUUGGUUCGGACGCAAGAGAACCUGCAUUUACCUGUCGAUCCUCCCCUUCACCUCGUGGUUUAUGAUCUUCUUCGCGAGUUCUGCCGUCGACUUGUACAUCGCACGCUUUACGGCUGGACUCUGGAUCGGUGUCACCACCACAGUAAUGCCUUUGUACGUGGGGGAAAUAGCAUCCCCUAAGAUACGCGACUCGUUGAUGACUAUCAACAAUCUUCUGAUGAAUUUAGGCGUGCUCUUCUCGUACGUUAUCGGGCCCUACGUGAGCUACCAUAUGUUGGCAUUUUGUUGUGAAUGCCUCACCAUCUUUUACUUCUGCCUGUUUUUCCCCAUGCCCGAAUCUCCUCAUUACUACUUGAGACAGCAAAGAAGGGAGGAUGCUUACCGAGUUCUGAGUUGGCUCAGGAAAGGAGAGUCCGAAGAAAAUAUAGAAAGUGAGAUCAACAGAAUAGAGAAGGCCAUAGAAGAGCAAAAAUUGCAGAAAGGAACACUGAAGGAUAUAUUUUUUGACGAUGGAAAUAGAAAGGCAAUCACUAUAUCAAUAACUUAUGCGAUUCUAAAAAGAAUGUCCGGAUCCAGUGUGAUGCAAGCUUACGCAUCACUGACGCUACCGGAUAAAACUUUGAAGAUGCUCAGCCCCAACACUUGUGUGAUCAUAAUUGGUUUCAUCAGCCUAUUCUCGGCCCUGUCCUCUACCGCUCUUGCGGUCAGAUACCGUAGGCGAGUCUUGUUGACAGUAUCUGGGGGAGGCUGUGCUCUUACAAUGGCCAUUGUCGCUGUCUGGUUCUUCCUGAACAAUUACACUUCCGUUUCCGUAGCAGCCUUCAGCGACAUUGUGUUCUUGUCGAUCGCUCUCUAUUACUUUUUCUUCAACAUCGGGCUCGGCCCCAACGGGACGAGCAUCAAGGGGGAGAUUUUCUCCGCAAAUGUGAAAGCAUUGUCGUCCUCUCUGACAAGUCUAGUAGUCGCCUUUACCGGGUUUUUAAUGAACGAGUUUUAUUUGAUAAUUGCAGACAGUUUCGGUAUGUACAUAAACUUUAUUAUAUUUAGUGUCGCCUCCUCCUUAGCGGUGGUUUUCACAUGGACUUACAUGCCAGACACUCACAACAAGACGCUGGAAGAGAUUCGUGAGAUAUUGAGCGAUAGCAAGAACAAACAGCACUCAAAUGAUAGUUCAUCCAAGAACUAAUUUUUAAUAAAAGGCUAUAUUAUAUAGAAAUUUGGAACAAAGAAUUAAUAGUAGUUGAUGUGUUUUUGGUAAGUAGACAAUUAAAAUGUCUAACUGAAGCGAAAAAUAUUAAUAUUUUUUUAAUAUGCAGGGUGUUCACAAAAGGAUGUCACAUAUUUCUGUGGGUGAUAGUACACAUCAUUUGAAACGAAAAUUGUCAUAUAAACAUAGCGGAGAAAUUUUUCAUUUAGCUACUAGCAGCCAUUUAGUUUUUUUUUUAUAGAAAAUAAGUUCUCUAGAACUAGUGAAGUUAUAGAUACUAACCUUCGCACAUACGAGUAGGAAUUAAUACAGAAGUAAAAAAAUAAUGGUGCGAUUUGCUGUAAUAUUAACAAAAUGGUGCCUAUUGUAAAUUUUAGUCAAAUAGCAAAAAUCCCAGUAUAGAUUAAAAAAGCACAAUAUACCAACUAUUUAGUAACUUUUAUAACAAUUCCAAAGGUAACUUUUGAAUGUGAUAGUUCUAUUCAUUAUAAAAUAAGUUUAUGCAUCUGGCGUUUCCUUACAAAAGUAUUUACAAUGUUUAUAAUAUUUAUAGUCAAUUAAUAUAUUCAUCCGCACGUUCAUUUUAUUGAGUUUACCAGAAAAAACAUUUUUACAUCUGUUUUUAAUGUAAAAUGGAUUUGGUUUUGAUUGUACAUAGUUUUUGUACAUGAUACUUGAAUCGAAUGUUGCAUCCCGUUACACAACCUUUUAAGCUAAAUUAAUUGAUUGUCUGUUACAAACUUUAACUGAUUUUAAACCAACUUCGAAGACUCGACAUUUUGAACAUACCAUGGAAUUGUACUUUAGAAUUGUAUGAAAACGCAAUGGUAUGCAAUAAUAAUAAUAUGAAUAAAUGUAUUUGUAAUAAUUAUGAACAAAAAUAAAAUUCCAAAAUUUAUACAUCGGUGUUAUUAGUCUAUAAGAUGGCAACGAGGGAAAUGCAAAAUAAACAAAUAAACAACCUGAUGUAUUGUAAAAGUAAAACGUAUGAAAUUUGUCAAUAUGUUACCAUCACAACUGAUUAAGUUACUUUAUUGGAUUUAUAAAAAGACGGAAUAUUUUAACCAGUGGUAUCAUCUUCAGAGCAAGCUAAACGGUAAAAGUGCAUAAUCUUUUUUGUGUUUUACAAGGAUUACUGAUUGAAAAUCAGAUGGUCGGAGCAUGGAUCCAUGUGGGCAGUUCUACAGUGAACCGAACAGUACUGUAGUUCAACGUGAAACUAUUAUAAUAUAUAAACACAGUUGUACAUAAUCAUUGGAUUAUUUGCAUGUGCCUAGGGUUGCGUUAUAAUACAAAUGGAAUAUUGGAAAAUUCAUAGAUAGAUGUAUGGUAUUAUACUGUAUGGUUCGCAGGCGUAAGUGAAUUUGAAUUUAAGUUAUGUGUGCAGAUAAUCACAAGACAAGUUUAUUGAUUUUGAAUUUUACAAUUUCACCAUUAAAAUGUAUUCAAAUAUUUGCAGAUAAAACAUUUAGUUGAAAUCUGUUAAAAUAAUAUUGAAGUAAAAAUGUAAAAAGGUUUUUCUAAUUGUGUAAUGUCAGAAUGUAGGAGAAAUAAUUUGAUAAUUUUUCCUUUGUAAAAAGAAAUGUAAUUUUUUUAAAUUGACACGGAGUAACUGUGGCAGCAUAUUCUAUUAAUGGCAAAAAACUACAGCGGCUCAGAUUAAAGAUCUAGGCGUAACAUUUGACUCGGCUCUUAGGUUUGACAAUUAAUUUAAUGUUAUCAUAUAUGGCUGCCAUAAGAUGUUGGAUUUUGUUAUAUUUUAUUGUUUCAUGUUAUAUAUUUUUUGAUAUAUUGUAAAAGCUUUAAUGUUUCUUGAGAGAGAAACCUGUCAAGAACUGUCUUAAAAUAUAUUUUUUAUUUUAAAACUGUAUUAUCAAUAAGAGACUGAUCCUUUAUUAUGUUUAUUUAUACAAUUUUACAUAACUUAGUUGAUAGCUCUGUUUUGAUUGGAAGGGUGUUCUGCAUGUUCCAAGAAGUAAUAUGACACCCUCCUUGGUUUUUUACACUACAUUUUCAUACAGUUCAGUUUUAUAACUUUUAAAUUUUUAAAGGUAUUAGGUUGUUAAACAAUGAAUUAUAUAUAUUUAAUAAUAAUUUUAAUUCAUUCGUAAUAAAUAAGCUAAAUAUUAUUUUUUUUAAUUAAGGUACUAACAGAUUUUUGUUAAAUUUUUGUAGUAUUAUUUUAUAGUACUAUAUAUGUAUUUUGUCUCGUGCUGUAAUUAGAAACAGUUAUAUUUUAAAACAGCCUAUUAGUGAUUUUGUAAUUAAAUAUGUUCAUGUACUCAUAUAUUAUAUUGUAUAUUUUUACUAUUAACUUGUAUUGUCAAUAUAGCUGUUUUAGAGUAGUUUUCCUGUAGCUAUUGUACAACAACAAAUAAAUAAUUUCAUUAUUUUGUAACA